AUGGCGUUCGUGUUCUCAGAGACUGUGCUCGAUUCCACGCCUGCCUUUCGAGGGUUGCUGGGGUGCGACGAAGCUGGUGGCUGGGAUGGGCUGGCGUGUCAAACAGUCAACGGUGCUCAAUACCGGGACCUCGGGAACCUGGGCAAAGUUCACAAUAAUCACACCUACAACAGCAUCCGAUCCUCAGCACAUGAGGUCAUUGUCGCAAGCGCUUUUGACGGGGCCGUCAGUCUGGAGGAGACAUCACCCUGUCCAGCAGAGGCAGAAAACUUGUUUGACCCCCCGGGGUCAUGUACAAUACACGCGGUCCAGGGUCGACCGGUCGAGGGAACGGUGAUCAUCCAUCAAGCCCGGCAUCCUCACGCCGACGUGCACUGGCUGUUGACGGCGAACAGCCGAGCCACAGGGCCCUCGAACGUCAGGGUCGUAGAUGACAUUCAUCGCAGCGAGAGUGAUAUGCCCGAUCGGGUGAUGACAUCGUGGGUUUCUAGGAAGGUCACGAGCUGCAUCUAUGCCGCCGUUCGUUGCGGCCGGGCGUCUUGGACCAGAAGAGGGUGGAAGGCACAGAGAAGCCCUUGUUCAAGAACUACUGAACUCUUACGGAGGUAG